UAUUUCUAUUGAUCGACCUAAUUUGUUUAAACUUUUCCUCUAUAAUAUUAACAUUUAAACGUAAAAUGUCUUCAAUUAUUCAAAAAUGUAACGACGAUAACAUUCCACUAGCUGACGACGACCCCCAAGUUAUUAUAAACGACGAAGUCGACAACAAUCGUUUUGAUCAUGGACGCUCAAUGGAUUCUUUGCCGAGCUCCUACACUGGAGGCUCCUCCAGCCCUGGGCUAAACGGCCCUGCCAGUUUUGACCCCGAUUCUGGCAUUGAUGAGCAGGAGGAGAAAGCGCGCUUAAUAUCCCAAGUACUUGAACUACAGAACACGCUAGAUGACCUGUCCCAAAGAGUCGACUCUGUGAAGGAAGAAAAUUUGAAGUUGCGCUCAGAAAACCAAGUACUAGGACAAUACAUAGAAAACCUUAUGUCAGCCUCCUCAGUAUUCCAAUCUACUUCACCUAAUGGAAUAAAAAAGUGAACAUUAUAU